CCCAGCUUCUUUUACCUCCUCACACAUAUACACCACCAUGUCAGUCCAACCGCUGAUCACCUUCAAAGCCGGCAAGUGCGAGAUCACUGCUAGGGAUGGCAACAAGCAGUCGGUCAGGCCCGUUCGCGAACCAGGCUACGUGUACCUAUAUCAGGGCGAAGAUGAGUUCGUGCACUUCUGCUGGCGACCCCGCAACAAGCCCCUCGACGAAUCGGACCUCGAUCUCAUUAUGAUCCCCGGCGACGGCUCGUUCUCCCCAUACACAGGCAAGGAUACCGCCGAAGACUCCGAAUCAGUCAAGUCGCCCACCGACGGUCGUGUCUUCGUCCUUAAGUUCAACUCGAGCUCACAACGCUACCUCUUCUGGUUACAGUCGAAGUCACAGCAUCCACGCGGUGACGCAAGUUGGUUUAGCGAGCGCGACCUCAAGAUCGGUCAGAUCGUUGAUCUAUUACUAAACGGCGAGGAGAUCGAUGUCCAAGCCGAGCUUGCAAACAUCCCGAACCCAGCCGACGGCGGCGACGAUGAUGAGACAAUGGACGACGUGGAGGAAGAGUCGAGCCGAAACCGUCACGGCAGCACAGGAGGCGCUGGAUCUGGGGCCACAGGAGGUGAUAUCCGAGAUGAAGGCGAAGAAUCUCGUGAAGGUGGAGCUGACGGCGGCCGAGCCGCAGGAUUAGGCGACGUCUCCUCCGUUGUCAAGAACUUCGUGGACUCACUCAAGGGCGGAAACCUUGGCGGCGGUAGCAGUUCACAACAGUCUGGAGGCGAGUCUUUCACAACUUUGCUCGAUCUCCUGUCGCCGAAGACUACCGGACCUGUCAUUGAGAAAGCCUCGGACGAGCUUAUUGACGCCCUCUGCGCACAGCUACCCACCACGCCCUUUUUGCUUGAAGCAGAAGUCGAGGACAUCGACCAAAUUGAUCCCAACGGCGACACUGCGCAGAUGGUUGUUCAGACAUUGGACCAGGACUCGAAGAGAGAAGUGCUGAAGAACAUAAUACGCGCACCCCAGCUUCGUGCUGCACUGGGCAGCCUGACGGAAGCACUUCGAGAAGGUGCACUCCCGACCGUGUCCCAGGCCCUCAAUAUCGACGUUGAGCAUGGCGGCUACAUGAGGGGCGGUGCCAUGCCGCUCGGUGGCGGAGAUGCUCUGAAGGCGUUCCUGGAAGGCGUCAAGAGGACGGUGGAAAAGGAGAAGAAGGGCGACGCCGACCGGAUGGACGAGUCAUGAGUGCGAAAUUUGCUCUGCGCACGAAGAGAAGGGUAUCAUUCGUAUGAUCAGAUGACUGCAUACUAUAGGGCAUGUACAUAUUGACGUGACCCACGAGUCUACGGUAGAGAUGAAAUACAUUCAGCGACCCGGGAGGUCAUCACAAUCCUCAUCUUUAUUCUCAUGGAUUCCCUCAACAGCUUACAACACUUACAAGCCUCUGUGCACUUCCAGAACCUUCAGCUUCACCUCGAGCAUGACUUGGAUCGUGUGGAAAAAGGGAGCUGAGGUUCUCGUCGACUUGCAUACGCCAGCGAUGGCGUGCGGAUGCCCCAAAACUUGGGCGACCAACAUCACAGCUGUCAUGUAAAAGACCGAAACGUAGUGAUGACUGCAUGCCGAGAUGCCGAUGCUUAUAG